GCUGCUGUAAGUUGCCAUUGCCUGUCACUCUUUAUAGACCUGGUGGGGGAUGUUUGGGCCUCUGUGUACUUGAAAUGCCAGGGACUAUUUGGACUCCCAGCCCAGAGCUGCUCAUCACUGUUAUACACCCAAACAUGAUUUGGCUGGGGACCCCAAGUUCUGCAAGCCGGAUAGUGUAGUGAGUAGCAGCAAUGUUAGGGGGCAUUUCUCUCUGAAAAAGGGACCAGCAGCUGCCACAGGUAUGGGAGUGAGAUGGAGAUAUAAAUAUGUCCCACAGCUAUAUGAGUGCAUAAUAACUCUCCUAAUAGACUCACGAAAUGUCCAGCUCGCGCAGCAGCUUCCUCUACUUGUUCUGGCACAGUCCCAGCACUAACACGGGGCCGCGAGGGUUAAUGGCCGGGUGGGAAGUGACUUUGCGCUUCUCUCACUCACAGGCUCAGCAACACGGAAAGCAGAAGGAAAGUACCGACUGAGAGGACUCGAGACACAAGGAGGGAGCGGGACAUGAGCGCCAGAGCGUGAGACUCACUCGCAGUAACUACAGCUUUGCGCGCUCAGCGACAAUUAUAGCCCAAAGCCUCACCUGACAUCCUUCAAUCUAACCAUGGGGUUUGCAGAAGAGUUACAGUGCCCCAAUAGCCAUGCUGCUUUGUUGCGUUUACAAGACGUUGAACUGAGAGUGAUGGAGACCAUGAAAAAAAGUUUUAUACAGCGUGCAAAGAGCGACAAAGAGUAUUCAAACAUGCUUCACCAGGUUUCUGUGCAGGUUGAAAAGCUGGAUCACUCACCGACCCCUGGAUUAUCCGAAUACUCAAGCCAGCUCAAUGAGUCCUGGACAACAUUGGUGUCUCAAACGGAAAACCUAAGCCAGAUCUUACGCAAGCAUUCAGAGGAUUUAAAUGCAGGACCCCUGAACAAAAUAACCAUUCUCAUUCGGGAAAAGCAGCAGCUGAAAAAGUCUUAUAGUGAACAAUGGCAGCUUCUCAACCAAGAUUACAUCAAGACAACCCAACAGGAUAUAGAAAAGCUGAGGUGUCAGUAUCGCAGCCAAGUGAAAGAAACUUUACAGUCAAAGAGAAAAUACCAAGAGGCCUGUAGAGAUAAAGACCGUGACAAAGCAAAGGAGAAGUAUGUGAAGAAUACAUGGAAACUGCACGCACUGCACAACCAGUAUGUUCUGGCUGUUAGAGCUGCUCAGCUACACCAUGAACACCACUUUCUGUAUAGCCUGCCAACGCUGCACGAGUCCAUGCAGAGCAUUCACCAGGAGAUGGUCCAAAUUCUCAAGAAUAUUAUGCUAGAAUACUCUGAAAUCACAAGCUUAGUACAAGAGGAAGUGGCUUCCCUGCAUAGAGAAAUUGCCAGUUCUGUCAUCAGAAUCAGCCCUGCCCAGGAAUAUGACAGUUUUCUCCAGAUGAACAGAUCAGUGUCUGAAUUGCCACCCAUUGUGACGUUUGAUACCAGCUUGCUGGAGGAAACAGAUGACCUGGAGGAAGAACUACAGCUGAAUGACCUGACAGUGGAGAGUGUGCAACAUACGUUGACGUCUGUUGAAGAAGAACUUGCUUCAGUCACUGUAGCCAUUGAAAGCAAAGAGGAUAUAGUGAAACAACUGCACUCCGAUAUUGCGACAGAAGAAAGGACUACAGAUUGCAAAGAAAAGAUUAAUCUGUUGGCCAAACGACAUGCUCUACGAGAUGCCCUUCUGCAGUAUCAUAUGACUCUCUGCAACAAGAACAAGGUCCAAGGCCAGAGAGAAAUUUUGAAGAGAAAGAUGAACACUAUUGGAUCUGGGGACCCUCCUCCUGCCCUUCAACUUCAGGAUGAUAACCAAUCAAUUUCUUCAGUGGAGCGUGAAUGUGCGAAAAAAACAUUAGAAAACAUUAAAAAUCACAUUUCUGGAAUUUUUCGGCCUAAAUUUUCCUUGCCUCCUCUUUUGCCUUUGGUCCCAGAUGUCCAGAAACCUCUCAGCCAACAGAACUGGUACCAUGGUGCCAUACCUCGCACUGAAGUCAUAGGACUGUUGGUGAAAAGUGGGGAUUUCCUUGUCCGGGAGAGCCAGGGCAAGCAAGAAUAUGUGCUGUCUGUACUAUGGGAUGGACAACCACGACAUUUUAUCAUUCAGAAUGUAGAUAACCUUUACAGGUUAGAAGGAGAAGGCUUUCCAACUAUCCCAUUCCUGAUUGAUCAUUUCCUCAAAACCAAGCAAGCUGUGACAAAAAAGAGCGGUGUUAUCAUAAAUAAAGCUGUUGUUAAGGACAAAUGGGUGCUGGAGCAUGAAGAAGUCAUACUGGGAGAAAGAAUUGGAAAGGGAAAUUUUGGUGAAGUAUUCAGCGGACGCAUUCGUGCUGAUAACACACCAGUGGCAGUAAAAAGCUGUCGGGACACACUGCCGCCAGACUUAAAGGACAAGUUUCUAAUGGAAGCCAGAAUACUGAAACAGUAUAGCCACCCUAACAUUGUCAAACUUAUUGGAGUCUGCACACAGAAACAUCCAAUUUACAUUGUUAUGGAGCUAGUGCAAGGUGGAGACUUUCAGACGUUUCUAAGGAAUGAAGGUCCCAAGCUGAAGGUGAAAGAGCUGAUUAGGAUGUCAGAAAAUGCUGCGGCUGGAAUGGAGUAUUUGGAGAGUAAACAUUGUAUUCACAGGGAUCUUGCAGCCCGCAACUGUCUGGUGACUGAGAAAAAUGUCUUAAAGAUAAGUGACUUUGGCAUGUCCAGAGAGGAAGAAGAUGGAGUGUAUUCAUCCACUGGGGGAAUGAAGCAGAUUCCUGUUAAAUGGACAGCGCCAGAAGCCCUCAAUUACGGUCGGUACAGUUCAGAGAGUGAUGUUUGGAGCUUUGGUAUCUUACUCUGGGAAGCCUUCAGCUUGGGUUCCGUUCCCUAUGCAGUUAUGAGCAACCAGCAAACAAGGGAGGCCAUAGAACAGGGAGUCCGCCUGCUUAUCCCAGAUAACUGCCCUGAUGAAGUCUAUAACUUAAUGCUGCGAUGCUGGGAAUAUGAUCCAAAGAAGCGGCCUAAUUUCAGCAUUGUACAUCAGGAGCUUGUCAACAUCCGCAAGAGAUACCGAUAAGUCUUCUGAAACUAUGAACUCAGAAAUUUACUGCAUUGCUAUAAGGGGGCUCUUUUUCUCAUCCUUUGCUUGUGCUUUCUUGGUUUUAUUACAGAACCUCAGAGAUUCAGGUAUUGGUGCACAGCAGUAAUUUUUACACUUUUUUACAAACUGUAUUAUUGGGUCUCGGUACACUAUCCUUUCUUUAUGUCACUGUGCUAGAGGCUGAUUUAUAGCUGCACAGCAGUAGCAGGGCUCUGGGCAAGGGCUGCCAUCUGAUAGGUAUUUUACUGCCUGGCCUGUAAAAAUGAUACUUCAUGCCAAUGUUAUUAAUAGUGAAUUGAGAUUAAAAUAUAGGAAAGUUGUUGGCAACUCUACUCUGGGAAAUGCUUUUCCAAGAACAGAUAAUGAAGGACCAUGGAUGAGACUGUUAGCUCCAUUAACGAACUAUUGACAAACACUCACUUCAGACCAAUCCAGGCCUGAGCUGAAGAGUUUAAAGGAAAUAGUUUCACCUGUAAUUUUAAGGGUAUGGGUUCAACCAAUAUUUCUUGAACCAUCUCCAGCUUUUAUUAAUUGUGUCCUUGCCCCAUUGCUGCACAUCAAAGAUCAGCACAAUGUCAAAUAGCAAAUCAGACAUUAUUGAUUGUAGUUUGAGAGCAUGAGAAUGUCUUAACGUGUAUCAAUGUGAAUACAGGUAAAGGACCUGAAUGCUCAUGGGGUUUUUCAGAUUAGUCAUCUUUCCGUGAUUUGGAUCUCCAUACCUUAAAGGAGAAGGAAAGGUAAAAAAACAAAGUUGUAUAUAUUAAGCACACAAUGGAGAACUAUUACAAGAAUUGUGCCUCUAUAUGUCUUUCCCUUUAGCUGUAUUCAAAGAUGGAAGUAAAAAAUUUAGCUGUGUGCAUGUAAUACAGAAGACAUCCCUCUCGCUAACAAAACCAGCUCUAUUAGGGCUCGCACAUGUGCAGAAGAAAUUCUGCAAGCCCUACACAUGCGCAUAAGGAUCUUGUGGCUUCCCUGUGAAGCGAUGACGUUGCGGUCAUAUGAUGCAGCCAUUCGUCAUCGCUGACCUCUGCACUCCCUUUUCCCCAUUGCUUGGUAACAAAGGGAAGCUUUGAAGCUCCUGCGCAGCAAGCGCAGAAGCUGAGGAGCAGAGCUCAAGUAAAUCAAUUCGGGUCUGUCUGACUGAGGUCUGUAGUAAUAUAUGAUUAAUAAUGGAAAAGAGGCAAUUUAAAAACAUGCUUUUUAACUAGAUACUAUUUUAACUAGAUACUGCGUCUGCGUUUUAUGUUAAAGGGCAGAUUUAUUAAUUUUUGUGCGAUUGUAAAUAAAAAAACCUUCAAUAACCCAACGAAAAUUGAUCACGUUUUUUGUAAUUACGUUUUUUCAGGAUUGUGUUUUUUUUCUACAAUUUACAUAUUUUAAGAAAAAUGAAAUAAACAAAAUAGCACAAAUCGUUUGAAAAUCACAACCUGGAAUGUGCCCCCAAAUGUAUAAAAAUCAGAGUAGCAGAAUCUCAUGUAACCCCCAUAGGUACCAAAUAAAUAACCAAAUCUAGGCAACUGCCUAAGAAUAAUCUAAUCUGACAUUACCCCCCUAAAAGUAUUAAAUAUCUAGGUUGGUCCUUUCUACAUCUAGAUUUAUGCCGCCAGUCUUAGCUUCUUCCUAUAUGUUUGAAGUUGCACCUCAAAAGUCUUUUGGGUCCCACUGAAAUGGCAAAUAAAAAUGAAGUUGUGCAAUUUUGUGCCUUUUCUAAUGAUGUCACGAGUGUGGACCAAUACUAACCAAGCUGCACCAGUCCCUCUGAUGUCCCUUCAAUUUAGGGACAGAGAUUAGGGGAAGACAAACACAGUUACACCUAUAGAACAAUCAAGUUCUCAUCAAAUAUUCCACCUGUGACAAAGUAAGGGAACAUGAACAGUAAAAAGAAUUUACAAUGCAAGUAUCUGUCGUUUUCCUGUUUUCUCUACAUUUAAGGGGAAGUAAUGUCUUAAAUAGAAUAAGGCUAAAAAUACUGUAUUUUGUAUACUGAACAUAAACAUCUUUGAAAGACCAAGA